GCUUAUGUAUCUUCAAGUUAUAUAAUACGUUCCCAGUGCAUAACUAAAAGAGACUUAACAUCAACUCUUCGAUGAAGCAAUCAGGAAACACCUGGAUUACUCCACAUAAUAAGCUUUCUUCAGACACAGGAUACAAUCCCCACAUUGUAAACUUCCUGUCUUCUCCAGGAAGCAGGAGAAGGAAGGAAGCCCAAUGUCUUCAAGGUCAGAGGAGACUGAAGAAGGGAAUCCCACAAGUGCCACCUCUGGUACAUGAAAAUCAACACUUCUGUUCCUUGGAAUCUAGCUUCACCUGAAUUCCUGGCCCAGGGAACUAGUCUAUUGAGAUCCAUCUGGACCUUGAGCCUGUCUUCUGGGGUGUUGGCUACUCAUUUGUAUAGGUACCCCAAAUGUGCUCCGGAAUGUUUCGCCCAUGUCUCCUAUAGCGGAAAUCAGGAAUGCUUGGAAGGAGAGGGAAAAAUCCCUGUCACAGAUGGAUACCAUUAUAGUGACACAUGAAGCUUAAAUUCCAAACAUCAAACUAAACAAACCAACUUACAUUAUGAUUUAAUACAGGCUAGGAACACAUACAGUCUGGUUCCCAUACUAUGAUAAAUGAUCAUAUUGUUUGAUGUUGGGCAAACAAUACAUGCAGAUUUAUACAUGCCAACAAAUAUACCAAGAAACAAUACAAUGGAGAUUUCAAUAUCAAGUAAUUUAGCUUCUGAAAUCUUUAUUACAUAACAAAUAUCCCAAUGUAUGUCACAGCUGGUUAUCUCUGUUUAUCUCUGCUAUAUUUAAAUUUGUAUUAAAAAUUAUAAUGUUCAUAAUAUAACAACAUAAAUUGUAAUUAAUAUUGAUAGAAUAUAUACUUUUGUUCUUCUUUAUUUCCAAUACUUUGAGGUAACUAAAUAACAGAAUAUCAAAAAUGUAAUUACACCAAAUAAGUAACACUGUAUUGAAAUAACAUGAUGUAUCAAGAAAAAAGAAAAAAAUGCUUUCUUAAAAAGUCAUAAAUUAAUGUGAACCCAGCCAUGCUCUUUCUCACCCAAAUGUCACCUAAUGGAUGCACGGGCAAUUGAGCCUACCAUCCAACGUAUCAAGGCCAAUGACGCUAUUUAAACGGGUCAAUUCCCACUGUAGCACAGGCAGAGCCAAAGUUGAGGAGAAAAAACAUCUCCAUCACAUCUUUAGGCGCAAUGGCUAUCCCAUGGGGUUUGUGAGACAGCAUAGUAGACCACAUCGGAAUCAUAGGGACUCACGCUCCAAUGUGACAGCAACGCCGGCCACACGGACAACCCUCCCUUACAUCCAUGGUGUCUCUGAGGCCACGGCACGGCUGUUGGCCCCCUACAAUGUGAGCGUUGCCCAUAGGCCCAAGCAGACACUAAGGUCCAAGAUCAUGAAUCCAAAAGAGCCGCUCCCCAAUGGUCAAAGAUUGUCUGUAGUUUACAGAAUCAAUUGCAAGGACUGUGCGAGCAAUUACAUUGGGGAAACUACUAAAAGGCUGAGGACCAGGGUACAUGAACAUGAACUGGCUAUUAGAAGGCAGGAGCAACAACGCUCACAAGUGUGGGCCCAUAUGUCCAGCUUUGGCCACACGUUCGAUCUAGCUAAUGCAGAGGUUAUAGCUCGUGAGACUACCAAGGGUGGCCGCCUACUCAAGGAAGCCUGGCUUUCUGAUGAAAAUUCCAUCAACUGGCAUAUAGAUCUUUUGUCGGCUUAUCAGACUCUUAGGGGAUGGGAAAGACAACACCACGGUCUUCUGAAAAGACACUCAAUUCUUCCUUCGCAGGAUUAGGGUGGUAGAAUGAUGGAUGAGAUGGGCACGAUCCCUAAGGAGGACGAUUAUUAAAGGGAAAAACCAGAGACUGAAACAAUGGGACAGCAUCUUGCAUAACUGGGACGAUGGCUCUACAGGUGAGGUGACCACGACUCCCAUGGGCGGAGAUGAUGGACCAAAUGGCCCUAAGCCAGGGAUGA